CCUGUGCUAGGUUAAACCAUAAACCAAGCAACUCUGAUGCAAAGUGCUCUGUGUGUGUGCUCACUCAGCGAUUGAGCACCAGUUUUCAAACAACUGGAAACUUUUUGCGACAUAUUGUAUUAAAUUGGCAUUUACACUACACUCUCCCGAAAACAACUACUCUUCAAUCUGCUUUAAAACAAAAAUUAACUCUAGAAUUAUUGUAUUCCGUUGGCAAAUUUUCUGAAGAAAUAACAUUUCGAAGACUUUCAAAGCUAUACAGAUAUUUACAACAUAAUGCAGAAUCGGGCGCAGUCCAUGUUUUCGAGCGAAAAAGUUGUCAGCGAGGUCUACGGCAAAGAACUUCUAGGUCGUCUUCUGGGACAGGGUGACGGGCGGGCGAAAUGUGUCGUCGUUAACGCCGAGACAAACUGGACUGAUCUGGAGGAACAGAACCCGUGGCUAAAUAGCAAUGCAGGUUUAGUGGUGAAAACAGACCAAUCCAUCAAACGAAGGCAGCAACUUGGGCUAAUCAAACUCAACGUAGAUUACCAGACAGCGAAAAAGUGGAUUCAAGAAAGAUUGGGCUCUCAUAUUGAGAUUGAUGGUGUUAAAGGCAUCCUCAAGCAGUUUUUGAUCGAGCCGUUCCUCCACCAUCAACAAAAUGAAGAGUUCUACUUGUGCAUCUACUCCAGCACAGUUUCCAAGGAUGUCAUCCUGUUCCAUCAUGAAGGAGGGGUGGAUGUUGGAAAUGUGGAUGAGAAGGGUGUUCGUCUAUCACUGGGGUUGAAGAACAAGCCAACAGACCAGGUUAUCAAAGAUGUACUGCUGAAGAGCGUUGACGAUGCAAAGAAACAGAUGUUGAGCAAUUUCAUUCAAUCUCUCGUUGAAUUUUUCCGAGAUCUUCACUUCACUUAUUUGGAGAUCAACCCAUUAGUGGUGACAGACUCUGCGAUCCAUGUACUAGAUGUUGCAGCCAAGCUGGACGCCAAGGCAGCCCCUCUGUGCAAGAAAGAGUGGGGUCAACCUCAAUUCGCUCCAGCACUGUCUCGUGAACUUCUUCCCCAGGAACUAGAAAUCGUGAAGCUCCAGGCUGGCACACCUUGUGCCAUGAAUCUGACCGUCCUGAAUAAGGCUGGUCGCAUAUGGAGUCUCAUCUCUGGCGGUGGCACCUCCCUUGUGAUUUGCGAUAUAGCAGCAAAGCUAGAUGUUUUGGAUGAGUAUGCCUGCUAUACACAGUUCUCAGGGAAACUCACAGCCGACCAGUUAUACAAACUCAGCAGGACUCUGAUCGAUCUGAUGUUGGAAGUGCCACACCCUGAUGGCAAGACGCUGAUCCUCAGCAGCGCCACUGUCGACCUUAUUGUGAUGAUUAAACUCAAGAUUGGACCUGUCGUGGGACUUGUUAAAGCUUUGCUGGAAUCCAAAGAAGAACUCAAGGCCAACAAUAUAUCUUUGGUGAUCCAACGAAAUACUGUAGCAUUCACACCCAAGGGCGUCCCCACAGGGCUGGAAGAGCUAGGUAUACCCAUUCACGUAGUCUCUCUUGAGGUCAACAAAACCCAAAUCAUACAAUUGGCUCUGGGAUUAAAAGCUAAUCCAACGCAAGAAGGUGAUUCAACUAAGAUCGUGUCUCCGCCACACAAGAUGGUUGAAGCAAGUGGCAUGUGCACCGAUCACCAUGAGAAAAAGUCAGUAGAUGUCAACAAAUACAAGGAUCUAUUCACUUCAGAAACUAGGGUGAUUGUUACUGGCAUGAUGGUCCAAGCGGUACAGCCCAUGUUGGAUUAUGACUUUGUCUGCGGACGCAAGACUCCAUCAGUUGCUGCUAUUGUUGAUUCAAGCUGUAGUGUUGAUGGCAAAGAGGAAUGGUUCUUAUGGGAUGAAGGACGUGUCAGCAUUCCAGUUUACAACAACAUUGACGCAGCAUUGAAGAACCACCCAGACUCCAGCGUGUUCGUCAACUUCGCCUCCGGCAAGGAUGCUGUCCACUUUGCAAUGGUCGCUCUGAAGUGUAAACAGAUUCGCUGCAUUUUGAUGAUGGUAGGUCACAUUCCAGACCAACAAAUAAGAGCUCUGAUUCUGAUGGCAAAGAACAAUGACGCCUUGAUGAUUGGUCCAUGUACGCCGGCUCAUCUAAUGCAAGUCAACUUCAUCAAGCCGGGCGGUUUCCGCUGCAAUAAAUUUGGGACUAUCGGCGGUGGCUUUGACGAUAUCCUGUCCAUGAAGUUGUAUCGACCGGGGAGUGUGGGUCUGGUAACCCGCUCUGGAGGCUUGUCCAAUGAGUUGGUCAUGGCCAUCGCAAGGAACACAGACGGCCUUUACCAGGGCGUCUCACUGGGUGGUGGCAAGUACACUGGCUCAACCAUGGUGGAUCACCUGAUGUUCUUGGAGAACACUCCUGAUGUCAAGAUUAUGUUGGUCCUUGGAGAGUUCGGAAGCUGUGCAGAAUAUGAGGUUUGCGAGGCCAUACGAAGCGGCAAGAUCACUAAACCGGUUGUUGCAUUCUGCAUUGGGGAAAGUGCAGAAUUGAUCAAAAAUGAACCGGGCAAUUUUGGUCAUUCUGGAGCAGGUUAUGUUACCAUGGAAACGGCAGUUGCUAAAAACCAAGCUUUAGCCGAGGCUGGUGCAGUUGUUCCAACAUCUUAUGAUGAUAUCCCCAAGAAGCUUGCCGAGGUGUAUGUGCGCCUAGUCUCCGAAGGCAAACUUGUACCCAAACAGGAAGCACCACCACCCAGUAUUCCUGCCAAUAUGAAACCAGUGAAAGGCAAGAAGAAAUGAAGUGACAAUUGAUCUUGGUCAAUCUUGCUCCGAUGGCUGCCAUUUUCUUCCCGGCAUGGCUUGUUUUCGAUCAUAACUCAUGUAAUUCAAAUGUGUACAAAUAUGACACCGUUUUAUUAGAUGCAAUUAGUAAAGUGUAGGCUGCAAUCCAAAGAAAUAUCAAGCACCUGUAACUUAAAUCAAAACCUUGAAAAACUUGAAAAUUUCAUACAACUGUGUUUCACUGGGGUUUUGAGUGUCAGUUGGUUUUUUGUUUUUUAAUCCUAAAUCUCGGUCAACUUCUUUUUGACUCACACUGUAACGUAGAAGUUAAUGGUUGUUCUGCCGUUAUUGCCAUAUUUGUAUUGACGAGUACAUAUUGUGUUUUCACAUCUAAUUUCUCAACAUUUAUUGCUGCUCUCAAAGACACUGUACACUAUUGGUAAUUGUCAAAGAAUUAAAAUAUUAGUCAAAGAAUGAAAAUAUUAAUGAAAGAAAAAAACACCCUUGUCGCACCAUGGUCACACGA